AUGGAUCAAGGUAAUGUAUCCAGAAUCAUAAACGACUCGGAAAUUAGGCUUGAUUGGAGCAUCUAUGACCUAAAUAAAUUGCCAGGGGAAGAUAGAAGGGCAGCUGCUGAAGCGGGUCCCGACCAGCCUGGAAUAGUUCACGAAAAUAAGGGCGAGCUCCUGCCUGAGGUCAUACUUUUGGGAAGAUGUAAUGUUGGAAAAUCAUCUUUGGUGAAUGCUCUUAUGAGCAACAAUAGACAAUCUGCAACUCCAUACGCCAAAGUCAAACAAAGCGCAGGUUACACGCCAUGCUUGAAUUUUUACAACGUGGGAGGUUUGUUUAGACUUGUAGAUUCUCCAGGGUAUGGGGUGAAGGGCAAACCAUGGCAAGGAGAGCUCACAAUGCAAUAUCUUGCUGAAAGGAGAGAACUCAGAAACUGCUUCUUGAUUUUAAACGGUGAUAUUGGGCUGAACAAAUAUGACGAGUUGAUAUUAGAAGCAUUGGUUGAAAUGGGAGUCCAAUUUGACAUUAUAUUCAACAAAAUUGAUAAGAUCAAGAAUAAUUCUCGAAUUCAACACUACGAAGAAUUAAUUUCCACAAGUAUACUCAAUGACCUUAAAAUCAAACCGCGCAUUUACUUUGCGAACUCGAUUGAAAGCGAUCUAAAGCAACGCACAGGAAUAAAUGAGAUCAGGUAUGGGAUUUUACAAUCGUGUGGCUAUAGUGAUCUCCAGACCCUAAAGCCUCGCAGAAGGAGAAAGACCAUUAACGACACUAUAGAGAAGAUCAAGGAGAAGAACGCAAGAAAGAGCUUAAAAGGACGAGUGAAAAUCAAUUUGCAACGUGACAUUCAUUAA